GUUUUGAUAGUCCUACUCCGAUGGAACAAGAAGAAGCGCGCGACGACGAAAGUCCGCAACUGGUCCUGGGGCCGCGUGGCUCGGACGAUGUUGAGCUAGAUGGUGACAGGGAACAAGUACAGGAAACUUCUUCAUCCCCUGCUCGCCGACGUCCCCCACCCAGCAUCUGGCUAGUUCGCGAAUUGAAAAUCGGGCUUUGCACCGAGUUCGUCCCCUACAAUGCGCGGUCCAAUGCGAAAUUUUUGCUGGAACUUUUAAGGACGACGGAAAGUUAUAAGAGCGAACAUGUUCUUGCGGGCUCGCAAAGGAAAAGUGAUGAACCAGCUGCACAAGUGUCUCGUCGUGAACAUCUCGCUGCGGCAGGAGCACCAUCUUCAGGCCAACAUCUACAACUUCCCCUAUUGAGGAAAGAACCCGGCUGGGCAGCACCAGCGACACAAGUUCUUGUGCGGGAAAAGUCGGAGUUUUUGAAGUACAAAAAGGGCAUUUUGUAUGAACUGCAAAAGUAUCGUACUCGUAUAAAUGCAUCACAAAUUUUCUCAGCAUGAGAAAUAAAAUUUGUAAUGCUGAUUUGCCUUAAGAGAGAGAUUUGUAAUGCAUGAUUGCAAUUACUACGAGUACGGUACUUUUGCACAGGAUAUUUUGGUGGCGGUCUUGGCGAUUGCGCAGGACCUGCAGGAGAAUCAGGUUUAUGCAUUGCAAAUAUCGUCCCUGGAUCGAUCUGGAACAGUGCAACUUGUGAUGCUGCAUUUGGAUGCUACAAAAAAUCUGUAUUGCAUGAGCAGCAACACCAGCAGUCAAAGAAAUUUGGCUACGCAGUAGAUCGGGCAUGUGUCAUGCGGGAUGUUGCGCAUCGAUGAGCGCUGAAAAUAAAAUCUGUGAUGCUAGGGCAUACAUAACAGACAUCGUGGAUCGUGGACAAUGUGCAUGACAAACUUGUUCUCUUCCAGACCCAGACGUAUUUGCAGUUGAUAAGGUUUCCAUCGUGAAGCGGCGGAGCUGGCUGCAGGAGCAAAAACUGGCGGUAGAGGGGCGGAUAUGACAGUGCACAACUCCCCUUCGUUCCCAUUUCUCAUGCAAAAUACCAAAUCCACGCUUUCCCUCCUGUCACUAUUAUGCAUGACAAGUUUAUGAUCUGGUAGCCCAAAUAGCACUACACUCCAGUCGUGCAAAAAAAAUGUCAUGCAAAACCGGCACUGUUGCUGAUGCUUGUAUUGCCGAGUUCAUGCUAUACAAAUGAGGGGGAGCAGGGGGAGCUGUGCACUGUCAUAGCGGAGGGCGAGAGAACAGAAAGUAGAAGAUCUAGAGCUUCAUCGUCCAUGGGGUACUAAUGAUUAUACAGGUCGUUCCUCGACGUGGGAAGAAGCUGCGACAGGAGUUCUUAGUGCGGGUGCAGGUGCAGGUGCAGGAACAACGGGUCCUUUCGGAAUCUACCGCGGCGGAGCGCACGACGCGGUCAGCGACCUUCCGCGGCAGCAAUUGGGUUCUUCACCUGCUGCGCCGCAUACUGCGACCCCCGCUCCUGCAGUCGCUGCACUAGCAUCGUCUUCUUUAUUCCUGUCUCAACAUGAAAGACAAGUCACCGGCGAAAGUUCCGGCAAGAUUUCUUCCGGUUCGCAGCAAAGCACAAUCAGUGAUAGUACGAGCGUAUCAAAUGCAAAUAUGUCUGGGUCUGGAAUGUUGUGAUGCAAGUCACUGAAUGAUAAGCACACUGUAAAAAUGCGCCACCAAGCAUGACAAUUUUUUUCAUGGUUCUGUGUUGCGUAUUCCGCAUGAGAAACUGUGUGUUUGCAUGAGAGUCAAGAGGAGCUCUUGGUUGCCACGCAGUACAGAUCCCAGAGUCAUGCCAGACUAGCAUGACAAGUCUCGCAAUCUCCCAGACAUCCAGGGAUAUUUGCAAUCCAUAAGGCGACCAUAAUUUCGAUGCAGGUGCUGCUCAACAUCAUCAAACCGGUGGUGAACCGGAGCAGAGUGGCGGUGGUACAACGACCCCUGGAGCAGCAGGAGGUCCUGCUUCCUCUACUAUGAAAAAAACCCCCUCCCACUUUUUCCUCGAGAUACGCCCGGAUUAUAAUGACUAUGCAUUGCAAAUAUGUCUGGGUCUGGAAGGUUGGAACUUGUGAUGCUCACUUUGCACUCUAAAAAAAUCUGUAUUGCAUGACCAGCAAGAGGAGCCCAGUUUGUGCUACGCGGGGAGGGCAUUUGUCAUGCGGGAUAGGCAUCAGGAAGGCCUCUAAAAAUAUGUGAUGCUAGAUCAUGCAUUACAGACAUCCUGGGUCAUGCAAAAUAUGCAUGACAAACCUGGUAACCUUCCAGACCCAGACAUUUUUGCAUUUGAUAAUGACCAAGAGGAAACUCAAACUACUACCGGUACCACGCGAGCGCUAAAAUUCAACACGAAAACGGGCACCUUGCGCACUGUGCCCGCGGCCACUGUACAACAUCAACCUGCGGGAACUACAUUAACAGCGGAAGGAGGUUCUGCAGCAGCAGGAGCAGCACAACAAGUCCUCUGGGCGCCGCGACGCUCGGCGUAUUCCAGUCGUACGCGCGAAGCACUGUUCGGGGAGCAAAGAUUUGCGGGGCAGCAGCGACGGCAGGAAGGGGAAAACGGUUUUUUACAAGUAGCGCAGGAAGUAGAGAAUCAAGGUCAAGAAAUAAGCUCACCCACAGCGCUCCUCGAUGACCUGUCACAGCAAAGUCUGGUGAACACGCCCGUGGAGCGUAUCCAGAGCAAAUAUGUCUGGACGUCUGGAAACUUGUGAUGCUCAGUUGUGGAUCAUGGAAACUACACUUCCGAAUGCAGCAAAGCAUGACAACUUUCCAGAACGCUUUCUCAUGCGCAGCCCGCAUGAGAGGCUGCGUUUUUUUAUGACAAAAGAGGCUGCCGCUGCGGCUGCGCCUUGUGUUGGUCAUGCAAUACAGAUUGCACAGGAAUGGAAAACCAGCAUUGUUUCGUCCAGACCUCCCAGACAUCUUUGCAAUGUCGAUAGAGCAGCAGUUGCAACGAAAGGCUAUGCUGCCAGUCUGGAUCUACUACCUAGCUCUGAAACUGGAGACAGAUGUAGAGACUGCGGAGUUGAAUGAGUUUAUUGAGAAACGGUACGCAGUUCCAGCAUCGGUCGAUGAACAAGACGAGGAGGGGGCCGCAGAUUCGCGCGACCUUGUGCGACGACGAGGAGCAGUAGAGCAACUAGACAAGGAAAAAGAAAAAUUGCAGAAAAACCACACUUAUGCAUUGCAAAAAUGUCUGGGUCUGGAAGAGUACAAACUUGUAUAUGCGCAUUUCAGAACACAGAAAAAUCUCUCAUGCAUAGGCAGCAAAAGUUGCCCUCUUUCUGUCACCAAAAUUCAGGGAUUUGUCAUGCGGAUUCGGCAUUGCAAACGCUUCUCGAAACCUGUGAUGCUAGAGCUUCCAUGCCAGCCCUUCUGUGUCAUGCAAAAGCAGCAUGACUCUUCCAGACCCAGACAUUUUUGCAGUUGAUAACACGGGUAACGACGUUGAUCUCGGGUACGUUCUUAGUGUCAUGUUGCGGGAGCGGCUGACCGCGCCGCGGUAUUACGACAUCGUCGCAAAAUUGCACUUCCAACUUGGGUAUCAAAUGCAAAUAUGUCUGGGUCUGGAAGAUUCCAAGAUUUGUGAUGCAGUAGUUCCAAGCUCCACCACGUUUGCAAUGCAGGGCAUAGCGUCACAGGUUCUGCAGCCCCUUGGUGAUGCCUAUUCCACCGCAUGAGAAAUGCUCUCUCAGUAUGGCCAGCAAUGCACAGCUUUUGCAAGUCAUGCAACACAGAUUUCUGUAUGAUUCGCAACAUGCAUCUUCACAAGUUCGCAGCCUUCCAGACCCAGACAUAUUUGCACUUGAUCUUGGGCAAGAGCGGACCUGGAUGCGGCAACAAGAAGAGCGCGAACUAGCGGCCGCCAACGCAGCUGCUAUCCUAAGUAAAAAACGUUCCCACCCCCGAGUCAAGAUGGGCGACAUCUCGCAACACAAGCCGGGAAGUUUUGGGAGUCACGCAUGACAUACUAUUCUAGUGCAGUUUAGCAAGUGUAGCCGCAUCACAAAGCCAUCCUCUCGUGCUGUUUACAGCAUUACAAAGUCCAAAACACGAUGAGAAAUGCUUCUCAUGGGGAUGCGCAUUGCAAAUCGUUCUGUGACUGCAAAUCUGCAUGACAACUAUGGGGCGGGGACGUUUUUCUUCAGGAUAGCCGCUGCAGCAGGUUCAUCAUUUCCAUCUUCCACUCGUCGCUCCUACGCCUCGGUUAUGCACUGCAAAAGUAUCGUACUAGUAUAAAUUGCAUUACAAAUUAGCCCAGCAUUACAAAUGAAAUUUGUAGUGCAGAUUUACCUUGCGAGAGAGAUUUGAUGCAUAAAUGCAAUUACUACGAAUACGAUACUUUUGCACGGGAUAUCGGUCUCUUCCCUUCGCCGCCGGAAAAGGUACAAAGAGAAACUGGAGCUGUUAUCCUGAGUAAAAACGUCCCCACACGACUAGAGUUGUCACGCAGGUUCAAUGGCAGGAAGAUUUGUGAUGCGUAUCCCCAUGGUAGGCAUUUCCGAUUGUAUGUUUUGGAAUUUGUAAAAAUGCGGUAAGCAGGACAAGCAGAUGGGUUUUUAAUGCGGCUACCCGCCUUGCCGACCUGCACUACACUACGGGCUGCAGCUUGUCAUGCGUGACGCCCAAAACUUGUCGCUUUGUGUUGCGAAUACUCCCCAUCUUGACUCUGGGGUAGGGACGCUUUUACUCAGGAGAGCUGUUUCGUAAAUACCUCGAGCAGGAGAAAAACAGGCAAGACAGUGAGCAAGUUAUGGUCGAGCUUCCUCUGCCGAACUUUCUUGCGGUCUACAUCGCGGCUGUGCAAUGUCGAGUCUCGAAGACUUCUUGUCAGACCGAUUUAGAAGCAUUAAUGUCAACUACCGACACCGAGACGGAGCAGGAGGUCCUUGGACAGGACCACAGGAGCGUCGCCGUUAGUGCGCCGCGGUGCUCUGGCGGAGUUGAUCAAAAGAUUGUUCAUCCUCUUGACCCUAGCCUCAGCAGCGCCAGCACUUUUGUGGCCGGAAUGCUGAAGCAGUACGCUGUAACGCGUGUGUAUGGGAGUGUCAGGAUUGAAAUCGACAAAGUUGAAGUGAUUUGCCAUGCAUAAAAUCGAUACCAGUUGGAAGCCCAAUUUCCAAGCGGCGCAUGAGAAAUUUUCGGAGCACUGGGAUCCAAUUUGUCACGCUGCUUAGGCACAGAAGACUGCUUUUGUCAUGCUACUUUAGCAGCUCUAUUUCAAAGAGCCCUAAACAGGCUAAGAACAAGCGGCCUCACUUGCCAUCCCGGCAAGACAGGCACUUCAUGCCUUGCAUUUUAUGCAUGACAAAUCAUUUCAAGUUUGUCGAUUUCAAACCUGACGCUUCCAUAGUGUGCCGGAAGUGUAUACGCCCGCAAUUGGCGGGCACGAGUAUGCUCACGGACGGAGCUCUUACCGGCAUGAUGCUGAGCUGUUUUACCGAAGAAUAUGCAUUGCAAAUAUCGAUCUGGGUCUGGGUCACCGGAAUGUAGUACCUUGUCAUGCGCAAUCUCGAUUACAAAAAAAUCUGUGUUGCAUGAACGCCAAAAGCUGCCCACUUCUUGCUAGGCAGAAGGCGGAUUUGUCAAGCGGAAUGGGCAUGAGGAAGGUCUCGCGAUGAAAUCUGUGAUGCUUCUGUACGCAUUCCACACGCCAUGUGCGUGGUCCGCCGCGGAGAUGCAUGACAAGUUGCGUACUGUUCUUCCAGACCCAGAUCGAUAUUUGCAAUGGAUAGAGAAUUGAGUCGUUCUAUUUCGGGUUCACAAUCACGGUGAGAUCCCUUUCCGUUCGUGACAUCGCCGAUAACGUGCCAACGUUUUCCGCGGCCUGGGAAAAGCUGCAGCGGGAGUCCUUUCUUGUGGAAAUUCAGGAGCAGACAACCGGUAGAAGUUCCGGACGAGGUGGACCCCAUGGAGGCACGACAGAUGCCGAUCAUGUGUUUUUUGACCAAGAGCACAGCUUCCCCAGAAAGACAACCCUCUUUCCUGUAGACAUUGAACAUCGGGAGCGCGAAGCGACGAAAACCUGGUGGCAUCCCGUUCACGCAUAUGGAUUGCAAUUAUGUCUGGGUCUGGAAGGUUGCAACUUGUGAUGCUGCAUUUGGAUACUACAAAAAUCUGUAUUGCGUGAACAGCAAAAGAGGUCCAGUUUUUGUCACGGCGAGAGGGCAUUUCUCAUGCGGUAUAGGCAUGAGGAGGCCCGCACAAAAUCUGUGAUGCUAGGACAUGCAUCACAGACGUUAGGAGUCAUGUAAACUGUGCAUGAGGGACCCAGACAUAUUUGCAAUGCAUAACGCAUUGACGGGGCACCUGCCAAAACUACUCCACGUGGAGGCGGCCGUGCCUGGCUUUCUAAGAACCUUCUCCAAGAUGAAAAAUGCCGCAGGACAAGAAGUAGACCAGGGCGGACAGCAACAAGAACCACGUAUCGAUUAUCCCGCCCUCCUGACCCGGCUCUUUGCGCAAAUGAGCGCGCUUUUGCAAGAAGCGAGAAGGGCUACAACUACCGGGCUGGAAGGAACUAGAUCAAACGACGAUGAGCCACCGGGUGGUCCGGAACAGAACCAAGCGAUUAAGCCAGGAAAGACAAACAUGAUGGCCACGGUCUUGGCGUUUAAGAAGAAGUGCGCGAGGAAUUUUCUGCUGCAGGAGCAAAUCCUGCAAGUGAGACGGGUCAUUUUGACGCUCUGUUUAGAAGAAGCGAAACAAAUCGGGUUUCUCGGCGGGGCACCGCCCGGGCGCCGGGUGCAGCUGCAGAGAAUGGAUGACUUUGUAGACGAGGUCGUGCCGAAAUUGCAUAUCAAAUAUGUCUGGGUCUGGGUCUGGAAAAUAAGUGUAAACUUGUCAUGCAGGUUUUCCAUGACCCAUGAGGUCUGGAAUGCGGGACCUAGCGUGACAGACUCUCUGAGGUCUCUGUCAUGCCUAUCCCGCAUGAGAAACUCCCGUUCAACUUGCGGUCGAAAGUGGACAGCUUUUGGCACUCAUGCAACACAGAUUUUUGCAUGAUUCGGAUUUAGCAUGACAAGUUGCCAUCUUCCAGACCCCCAGACUACAUAUUUGCAAUCCAUAUCGAAUCCGGUAAAACUAAAGUUCCUUUCUUUGGAGGAGGUGACGCUGAAAGUGUUCCGCCGAUCGGAGAGGGGAUUCGUGAUGUCUGACUUCAAGCAGCGGGCUUCUGUCUUGAAGCAAAACCUCAGGCUUGACCGGAACUCUCCCACUGCUUUCCUGAGCGACGUUUUUGCCGAGAGCAAGGAGAUGCUUUUGGACCAACAACAAAGCAGAGCAGGAGAUGACCAAAGAUUAAACGAGGAUGCAAACGCCUUGUGGCUGCGAAUUGAAGUGGUAAACAAGGUCGAUGUUCCGGAGUUUGCUCUUGCGGACGAAGACAAUGUAGUGCGGCAUGCCGCUUCCUCACCGGCUGAAAACUACAACUACCUUGCCAGCAGCAGCUCUGCCAGCACUACUACACGAAUGGCAGACCACAUGCAUGACAACAGCCUCCGUCGCCUACCGCAGCGGCACAACACCAUCUCCGGUACAACUGCUAGCGGCUCUGGUAGCAGUCACCCGCUGCUGACCGAGCUAGCAGUCAAUAUACCGCGUCGCGACCAUCGGGCUAAUACCGAUUUUUUCGGGGCGGGGACCAAUUUCGGAAAAAGUUCCGCUGCAGGAGGCGGUGCAUCAUCCUUCUCUCGUGCGCAGAUGCAACAUAUCAACCGCAAAUAUGUCUGGGUCUGGAAACUUGUGAUGCUGGGUGGCGUCUCAUGAUGAGGCCACAAGUGCUGGCUCAGCGUGACAAGUUUCUGAGCUUCCAGGUGUUGCCUAUUCUGCAUGACACACUACGCUUCUGCAUCACAGAAAAAUGGAGCUCUUGGGUACCGUGCAUGACAGAUUUAAGAGUCAUGCCAGACAAGCAUGACAAACAUGCAUUCUUCCAGACCCAGACGUUUUUUUUUGCACUUGAUACAACAACUUGUGAACGAAAAAGAACAGCAGCAGAGGGACAUCAGGAAUUGGCAAAAGGAAAAGAAAAAACAGCUGCAGUUCGAAUGGACGCUUUUAGGGAUGCUCUUUGACUACGCAUUGCAAAUACUAUGUCUGGGUCUGGAAGAUUGCAACUUGUGAUGCGGAUUAUGGAAUAGGCAAAAAUUUGUAUUGCACGAGCGCCAAAACGAGCCGCCCAUUUCUUGCUACGCAGAUAGGGAAGUUCUCAUGCAGGAUGGGCAUCAGAAGGCCUGCGCAAAACCUGUAAUGCUUUUGCCUGCAUGACAGGCCAUUUGCAUAAUCCAAAACAUGCAUGACAAACAAGGGCGUUCUUCCAGACCCAGACAUGCUUGCAUUUGAUAUUGACUUUGACAUAGACGAUGAGGUCACGCUGAACGCGAUGGGCUUGGACAUUCGGCGGAAAAGGGAAAUGCUGGAGGAACGAAUGGAAAGAGAAGCAGCAGAGGAACAGCAAAGGGAAUGGGAAUUACAACAGGAAAGAGAAUCGCAGCGUGGUCGGCAAGAUGAAGAUCGUGAAAAUCAUACACCUGCUCGGCCUGGUCAAGAAGAUGGUGCAACGAGCGAUAUAGAAGAUGCAGUAAGCGUAGAUCCUGAAGAACACGACCAGCAGCAGUCCUCUCGUCGGCAAGAAUCUGGCAAAAAAAAUCCGCUCAAAGGGUUUUCGCAAACGUAUCAACUGCAAAUAUGUGAUCUGGAUCCAUCUGGAGAUGACUUGUGUUGCUGAACAAGCUUGUAUUGCAGAGUACUAGCCACUUCUUGUAUGGCAUAACGGCAUCAGAAAUUUUGUGAGGUUUAUAAUUGCAGAUUGAGAUUCAAUCGUAAAACGCAUGACAAACUGGCACCAUCCAGCACCACAAAAAAGUUGCUCAGAUGAAAUCGCAUUCACUCAUUAUGUCCUUCCAAAUACGGAAGAAAAAUCUAGACCCAGAUCGAUAUUUGGAAUGCAUAAAACGCUCGAACGCGACAUUUUAACGCUUUUCAUGCUCCAGGAGAGUUUCGCAAUGAAGCUUGUGGACUUCACCAGAGACACGCAGCACCUGUGCUUUGGCCUUCUGUUAGACGUGCUGUUCCGUGUGUUUGCGGGGAGUAGUUCUUCGCCGGGUCGUUCUUGUAGCAGUGAGACAGCAGCAACAAGAGCGGGUCCUCUGGGAACAAGAAGAACUUCUUCUACCAGUAAAAAUAAACCUGACGAAGAACAAUCGCUCCUGGAACUGUCCCAGGCUUUACGCAAGAUGGCUCUAGGGGAGGGCGGGGGCGCCGUGGUCUUUAAUAGAAGUACUUCCACAGGAGGUGGACCACAAUUAUCCAGGAAAAAAACUGUGUAAGUGUAACUCGUCUCUAGGAAGAGCAGCAUCACAAAUUCGUUUUGCAUUACAGGGAAAACCUGUCAUGCGCAGCUAGUACGUGAAAACGCGUAUGAAAGUAGCCUGUGACGCAGAUCCAGCAUGACAAGUGUAACAGUUUUGCACUUUCUGCGUCACAUCAGACUUACACUCACAUAGUUUUUUUCUUGCAUAAUAUCAGCCGCCGCAGUAUUGCUCCAUGUCCCCGGAAAUGAGCUUCAUUGAGGGCAAGCGGAUCCUUCAGCAGACCGCGGACCUGUGUAUGGAUCUGAAUCCCAUGCUGGGCGUAUUACAGUGAAAAGUGCCCCCCACCCCCAAAGUUGCAAAAUUUUGUGAUGCGAAGUUUCCAAAUGAAAACUUUUUGUCAUGCAUGAAAGGAGUGCGAAUCUUUCUGAUGCAGAGUCUAGUCGUGUUUCGCAUCGCUUGCUUGACAAGCGCCGCUCUUGCUGGGAUCUUUUGCAAUACAAAUUUUUGCUAUUCACCAUCGGAAAUCUGUGAUGCUGAUACAUGCAAGAGGGCGAAUGUUUCAUUUGGAAAGGUUUGCAAUACAAAUGCUUUCAAGUUCGGGGGUGGGGGCAUUUUUCAUUGUAAUAGGGCGUGCUCGGGACGACGACGACGACCACGGCUGCGAAGGUAUCCUAAGGAAAAACGUCCCCAUCCCAGAGCCAGAACGGGGAUUUUGCAACACAAACCUUGAAGUUUUGGGAGCCCCGCAUGACAAAUUGCAGGCUGUAGUGUAUUGCAGUUUAGCAAGGGAAGUCGCAUGACAAAUCCAUUUGCUUAUCCUGUUUACAGCAUUACAAGUUCUUCCAAAACACGAUCGGAAAUGCCUAUUAUGGGGAUGCGCAUUACAAAUGCUCUUGUGCUUGCAGAUCUGCAUGACAACUCUGGGGUCGGGAUGUUUUUACACAGGAUAGAAGGUGGUCGGGUUAUUUGGCGAAGCAGCAUCGUCAAAUAAAGUUUCCGCAAACUACCCAGGUGCAGCUGUGUCACCACCAGCUUCGUCUUCACAACCCGCAGUUAAUAAUCUGCUGUCGAUGCAGGAAAAACUGGAUCAGCUGUUACUUUUGUUUGAGCAAAAUUUCCCGGAUUUUUUCGGCACGUCGAACGGAAGUAGUAGAGCACAGGGCGGUACUAGUACCACCUCGUCGGGUGGUGCUGCCAGUAGUGUGCCUUCUAGCUUCGUCGGGCACGUGCGGUUCCUUCCGCAAAGUCGGGCUGAGUAA